AUGGAAAUUGCAAAAGCAACCACUCAAAGCACACAAAAUAAACUGUGCUAUCAAGGCGAGCAACGAAUUUGCAAAGAAUUUACACCGGGAUGGAUUAGAUCAGAUGAAAUAUCACUUUAUCGUUCACUUAACGGAUUAAGUAACGUUGCUAGUGGUGGUACUCGCCUUUACGACAGUAUAGUUAAUGUCAUAAAAACUUUCCAUAGUAAUGGUGAUCGUUCUCGUCCCUGGAUUUUGGUUGUCGUGACUGAUGGUGAUGACAAUAAUAGCAGUCUAAGUUUUAAAAAAUUCUGA